AUGGACUCCCUCGACCCGAAGGACUGGCGCGGGCACCAGGCCUUCGGCGACGCCCGGGAGGCCGCGUGCGCGGCGUUCGGCGCGCCGCUGUCGCUGGACGUCGACGACGCCAAGGCGCCCGCGCCGGCCGGCGACGACCGCCUGGUGACGGCCGUCGACGGCCGCACCGUCGAGUUCUCCGGCCUGGCCCACGAGUCGGGGCCCGUGUCCGCGGAGUUCCGCGAGUCGCGGCGCAAGGCGCUCCGGAACGCGCCCAGGGGCAAGGCCACGCGGACCAUCACCUGGGACCAGCUCAAGAAGAACUACGACCCGCGGGACGAGUGGGUGCGGCCGCCGACGGGCGACUGCCCGGACGCGUCCGGCGAUUCCGACGCGUGGCGCGCCGCGUGGGAGGACCACGACCCCUGGGGGCCGAACCUGCCCAUGGACGCCCCGGCGCCGGCGCCGCCGGCCUUCGGGGCGUCCGCCACGGAAGCGGCCUUCGGGGCGUCCGCCACGGAGGCCGGAGCGCCGCCGGCCUUCGGGGCGUCGGCCACGGAGGCCUUCGCCCGGAAGCGCGCGUCGCUGCGCACGCCGCCGCCGCCGCCGCGCGACGUCGCCGAGGGCGCCGCGCCCGCGCCGGGCUUCGACGGCGAGGCGGCGGACGCGGCGUCGUCCAAGUCGCAGCGCUCCGCCGCGUCGCAGCGCUCCGCGGCGUCGAAGAACUCCGCGGCGUCCAAGGCCUCGAAGGCGUCGCUCGCGUCGAAGCCGAGCGAGGUGUCCAUCGGCCUCGUCGACGCGCCCGCGGAGGUCGUCGUCGACGUCGCCCCGGGCCAGUACCCGACGCCCGUCCCGACCUGGGAGAGCGGCGGCACGCGGAGCCGCGCGUGUUCGCCGACCGCGCAGUUCGCCGCGGGUUUGCGGUCCGACACGCCCGAGCCCUACGAGCACGAGAAGACGUUCUUCGUCGAGCCCGUCGAGCUCGAGCGGAGCUGCCUCGACGACGACGGCCGCGGCGUCGACGACGACGACGAGCCCCCGCCGACGCCCGACUUCGACUACGCGCGCGGCCUCCAGCAGCCGGGCACCUACGGCGACGAGUCCUUCGAGUGCUUCGACGACGAGGACCAGCCCUAG